CCGAUGACAGAGAGCCCCCCGAUCCUUGAAAAAAAAAGGGGUAAAACCCCCUAAAAUAAACGAAAACAAAUUAAGUUUCGCUGAGACAAAGCAGCGCCCGCGGCUCGGCCGGGCCUGGCGGGAACGGCGCUCACCCGCCGCCAUCUUAACGGCGCCAAGGCCACGCCCCCACGGGCGCGAGGCGCGCUCUGAUUGGCGGAGCGCGGGGUCCGCGCCGCGCGAGGCGCGCUCUGAUUGGAGGAGCGCUCGCUGCAUGGGCAGCUCGGCGCUCGGCGGGCCCAGGCGCGGCAGUCGAGCGCCGAGCGGGGCUGAUGCAACCCGGGGCAGCCGCCGCUAUGGAGCCCGCACCCGGCCCGCAGGAGAAGUAUCAGCUCAUCACGCGGAAUCUGCAGGAGGUGCUGGGCGAGGACAAGCUCAUGGCCAUCCUGAAGGAGCGAGAGCUGAAGAUCUACUGGGGGACAGCCACCACCGGCAAGCCCCACGUGGCCUAUUUCGUGCCCAUGUCCAAAAUCGCAGAUUUCCUGAAGGCUGGCUGUGAGGUGACAAUCCUCUUUGCCGACCUCCACGCCUACCUGGACAACAUGAAAGCUCCGUGGGAGCUGCUGGAGCUGCGCACCCGCUACUACGAGCACGUCAUCAAAGCCAUGCUGGAGAGCAUCGGGGUGCCCCUGGAGAAGCUCAGAUUUGUGCGGGGCACUGAUUACCAGCUCAGCAAGGAGUACACGCUGGACGUGUACCGCCUCUCCUCUGUGGUGACGCAGCACGAUGCCAAAAAGGCAGGGGCAGAGGUGGUGAAGCAGGUGGAGCAUCCCUUGCUGAGUGGUUUGCUCUACCCAGGCCUGCAGGCGCUGGAUGAGGAAUAUCUCAAGGUGGACGCACAGUUUGGAGGGGUGGAUCAGAGGAAGAUCUUCACCUUCGCAGAGAAGUACCUCCCUUCCCUGGGCUAUGCCAAGCGCAUCCAUUUGAUGAACCCAAUGGUUCCUGGGCUGACAGGCAGUAAAAUGAGCUCGUCAGAAGAGGACUCCAAGAUUGAUCUUCUGGACCGCAAGGAGGAUGUGAAGAAGAAGCUGAAGAAGGCUUUCUGUGAGCCAGGGAACGUGGAGAACAACGGUGUCCUGUCCUUCAUCAAGCACGUUCUCUUCCCCCUCAAGUCAGAGUUUGUGGUCCUGCGAGAGGAAAAAUGGGGAGGAAACAAAACCUACACUGCCUACGAGGCCCUGGAGAAGGACUUUGCUGAGCAGGUUGUGCACCCUGGAGACCUGAAGAACUCCGUAGAAGUGGCCCUGAACAAACUGCUUGACCCCAUCAGAGAGAAAUUCAACUGCCCAGAGCUGAAGAAGCUGAGCAGCGCCGCUUAUCCCACCCCAUCCAAAGCCAAGCCUGGAGAGAAGGGCACCAAGAACUCCGAGCCAGAGGACGUGAUCCCAUCCCGGCUGGACAUCCGUGUGGGCAAAGUGAUCAGCGUGGAGAAGCACCCAGAUGCCGACAGCCUGUACGUGGAGAAGAUCGACGUGGGCGAGGCCGAGCCCCGCACGGUGGUCAGUGGCCUGGUGCACUUUGUCCCCAAGGAGGAGCUGCAGGACAGGCUGGUGGUGCUGCUCUGCAACCUCAAACCCCAGAAGAUGAGGGGGGUGGAGUCUCAGGGCAUGGUGCUGUGUGCCUCCAGCAUGGGGGAGCCCCGUCAGGUGGAACCCCUGGACCCCCCAGCCGGGUGCUGCGCCGGGGAACGCAUCUACGUGGAGGGCUACGAGGGUGGGGAGCCUGAUGAGGAGCUUAAACCCAAGAAAAAAGUCUUUGAGAAGCUGCAGGCUGAUUUCCACAUCUCUGAGGAUUGUGUCGCACAGUGGAAGCAGAGAAACUUCCUGACCAAGCUGGGGACAGUGUCCUGUAAAAGCCUGAAGGGUGGCAGCAUCAGCUAACAAGUGCCAGGGCUGCUCUGGUGCCUCCUGCCUGACUCCUGCACCUCAGCCAGGCUCCUCCCAACCAUCUCCCACCAGUGCCCCGAGUCGGGGGGCUCAGCCCAGGGGGCUCAGGGACUGAACUUGCAGCUUCUCACCCUGGGAGCUGCUUCCAGCAUCCCCCUGGGCCUCAGCUGUGCCAGCACUGGGGACUGGAGGUGCCACCACCCCCAAGGGCCCCAUGUGCCUCAUCCCCCUGGCCUUGGGGCCACUGCUGCCAGCUGUGCCAUGGACUGGCCUCCCUGCCCGCUGGGGUGGCAUGUGUGGGUGCUGUGGCGAGGGCAGAAGGGAAAAGCUGCUUCUCCAACCUUGUGUUGCUGCUACCAGAGCUGGGGACAGCCCUGUCCCCUGCUCCACCCCAGCCCACCCAGCGCUGUGGCCACUGGUGCUGCUCUUUGGCCAGGAGCCCAGGCAGCACCCGUGGGGCUGGCCCGAGCCCGUGGGGGGCGUGGGCCUCGAACGCUGACUCGGGAACCAUCUGUGUGUCAUAAACCCAAUAAAAUGUCGAGCUGA